CCGCCUCCCCCUCCCGCCCGCUCGCGCCUCCUGAAAAGCCAGCCCGCCCGGGGCGGCGGCGCAGAGCCGGGCCGGCGCGCGAGGCAGGCGGCGCGGCCAUGACGGCGGAGAAGGCGCUGCCUCUGGGCACCGGGAAGGCUGCGGAGGAGGCGCGGCUGUCCGAGGCAGCGGCUGGCGGCGCCGGCGGCAGCGGGGGUGCGGCGCCCGCGCGCGACCCGCGCGACAAGCGCGACCAGGCUGUCCACGAGCGCGGCCACUGGAACAGCAAGGUGGAGUUCGUGCUGAGCAUGGCCGGGGAGAUCGUGGGGCUUGGCAACGUCUGGCGCUUCCCCUACCUGUGCUACAAGAACGGAGGAGGGGCGUUCCUGAUUCCCUACGUGGUGUUUUUUGUUUGCUGUGGAAUUCCUGUUUUUUUCCUGGAAACGGCUCUGGGACAGUUCACGAGUGAAGGUGGCAUUACAUGUUGGAGAAAAGCUUGCCCUUUAUUUGAAGGCAUUGGCUACGCGACACAGGUGAUCGAGGCCCAUCUAAACGUGUACUACAUCAUUAUCCUGGCGUGGGCCAUUUUCUACCUGAGCAAUUGCUUCACCACCGAGCUCCCCUGGGCCACCUGUGGGCACGAGUGGAACACAGGUAUGGCCCCCAGGGAGGGUGUCUCUGCUGGUCCUGCUGGGGGCCUGGCCUUGGGGGUGUGUCCUCGUCCUGGAGGCCAGUCCCGGCCUCUGGCCUCUCGCCAUGAGUCCAGAUUCCGCUGAAACUGGAGAUCGGCUCUGCACUGGGUCUGCGUACAUUCUGUGGGUGGCAGCCCUGAAGCCUGAGCUGAGCCCUGGCCCACGAAUUGGCAUGAGUGGAAGAAUGGUGAUGCUCUUUCCUCGCUUUGCCAAAUAUGGAGGCUGAGCCCUUUGGGGGCAGAGUGGAGGUGUGAGAGGUCCGGCUCCAGUUCCAGCCCUACCUCUCUAGUGUCAGGUUUUCCUCUGAGAUGAAGGGGUUAGACUAGGUCAAGGGUCACAGACAGGGGGCCUAUUGGCCAAUUAGGCUUUAGAUCAGUGACCAGCAAAUUUCAAAAAUGUAUUUGGUUGCCAAAAUUGAAAAACCAGAAGACUACGUGAAAAUCCAGACUUCUAGCUUCUCUUGAAAAGUUAAAAAUAUCUGGCAACA